GUUAUUACCCACGAGUAAAAGGGGAAAUAGAGAUUAUCAUCAGUGUGUCUCUCUCGUCCCGUCGAUGAGAUGAUCGAUGGAUCGAUCGGGAUGGCGUGCAAAUGCAGCGUUGAAAGGAAAAGCGUAAUAUACUGUAAUAAUCUCAGAGAUUUUUGUUUCGAUAGGGAGAGGAGAAAAUUCAAUCGGAAGAAUUUGCGAAACGUAUCUACGAUUCCGAUUUUCAAACGGAGUUUUUCCAGAUGGCGACCUGUUUCCGGCAAAAGUUGCAUUUUAAGCAUGGAUGUUCGGGAGAAAUCAAGAUCCACAUUGUUUGAGUCAUCUAAACAUAAGAGAGUUCCCCUCUAUGUUAUGAUGCCAAUUGACUCUUUCGGGAUUGAUACGUCUGGUGCUCCAAGAAUCAGAAAAAUGAAGGCCUUAACUAUAUCUCUGAAAGCACUCAAGUUGGCAGGUGUCCAUGGAAUAGCAGUUGAGGUUUGGUGGGGAAUAGUAGAGCGGUUUUUCCCCCAUGCAUAUAAUUGGUCUCUGUAUGAAGAACUUUUUAAAUUGGUAUCUGAAAUGGGAUUAAAGUUACAAGUUGCAUUGUCCUUUCACUCGAAUGUUCAUUUAUCUUCACGCGUACAAGGUGUCAGCCUUCCACAGUGGAUCAUAGAGAUAGGUCGUGAAAAUAAGGACAUAUACUAUCGAGACCAAAACGGGUUCCCUAAUGUAGAUUAUCUAACAUUAGGGGUAGACAAUCUUCCUUUGUUUUCUGGACGUACUGCUGUUGAGUGUUAUGAAGACUUCAUCAGCAGUUUUGCAAGCAAAUUUGAUUCCUUGAUGGGAACUAUUAUUGAAGAAGUCUGUGUUGGUCUGGGACCUUCUGGAGAACUUAGAUAUCCUGCUCAUCCCUUUGAAGAUGGUAGAUGGCAAUUUCCUGGGAUUGGUGCAUUUCAGUGUUAUGACAAAUACAUGAUGGAAGACUUGCGUUCAGUUGCUUGGCAAGAAGGGAAGCCUGAUUGGGCUAAUAAAGGACCUCCAAAUGUUGGGGAUUAUAAUAGUUUCCCAACUGAUGUUCCUUUCUUUGAAGAUGGAGACGGGAGCUUUCUAUCUGACUAUGGACAUUUUUUUCUUGAAUGGUACAGCGAUCGGUUGUUGCGUCAUGCAGAUGACAUUCUUGGAGUGGCAGGAAAUUUGUUGGGAAAGUAUUCAGCAAAAUCACAAGGGCUACGGAUGGUGGCUAAAAUUGGUUUACUGUAUUGGUGGUAUCAGACACUGUCUCAUCCUGCUGAACUUACCGCCGGUUACUACAACACCGCUUUUAGGGACGGUUAUGAUUCACUCGCUUCAAUCUUCUCCCGUCAUGGAGCCGCCCUACAGAUCUCGUGCUUUGAGAUGUUGGACAAUGAAACUCCCCAAGCCUGUUUGUGCAGUCCAGAAGGUUUGCUUCAGCAGAUAAAGAAUGCCUCAAAGAAAAGGGUAGUGGAAUUGACCGGUAGAAAUGCACAUGAACGGUUUGAUGAGGCUGGACUAAAGCAGAUAUACUCAAAUUGUUAUGAUUCACAGGAAGAAACUGUGAGAUCAUUUACUUAUUUCAGAAUGAACGAUAAGAUAUUUAGGGUUGAAAACUGGAAUAAUUUUGUUCCAUUUGUGCAAAGGAUGAGCACUGAUUUGUAGAAUAACAUCUUACUUACA